AUGAAAGGAAUCUAUGACGAUUAUUAUUCAAUCUUUCAUAAGACACACGAUAUAACAAUGUUUGGUGGACAUCAUCAUCAUCAUCAUCACGGAGGUUUUGGUGGCGGAGGUUAUCCAGGAGGCUUUGGUGGAGGUUAUGGCGGAAACUUUGGUGGUUAUGGAGGUGGCUAUGGGGGUGGCUUUGGUGAUCCAUACGGUGGUUUCGGUGGACAAGGCUAUGGAGGUUUCGGUGGUCCAGGUUUUGGCGGUGGUUAUGGAUCAUCUUAUGGAUACGGUUUUUAA